AAACCCCUCUCUCUCGUAACUUCAGGCUAUGGUUUCCACUUUACUACUGCGAAAAUGGCUCGUAAAGCUCAAUCCCUCCUCAAUCGAUUCAUUGCCAUGAAAUUCGACGUUAAGAAGAAGAAGAAGAAGCCAAAGGACCGGCGUCUUCACCUCGCUUCAAAGUGCCUGUGUUUUUUGGGUUCCAUUGAUUGGAAGUUGGAACAGUUGGAUUAAUUAGUAUUGAUAUUGGAGUUCAGUUGUAAAUAUAGAUGACCGUUGCUAAAGCUAGAAUCUUCCAAUCAUUCAUCCGUAGGGUGUCGUCUCUACACUCGCCCACCACGUCCUUCUCUCGGAUUGCAUACCAACUGUUCGGUGAAAUGCCUUAUGUGAAGCAACCCGUUAGGGAAGAUCGUGCCUACCUAGUGAAUAUACUUAAUGGGAAACCAACCAAGUAUGUCCUCUGUUUAUCCCUGAACUCAUGUGCAAAGACACAAAAUAAGCUUCUGACUUUACAAAUCCAUACCCAGCUAAUCAAAACUGGUUUUGAAAACAACUUGUUUAUAAACACUGCACUUGUUGAUGCCUAUGCAAAAUGUGGUGCGUUAGGAGAAGCAAUGAAGGCAUUUCAAGAGAUGAAAACGCGUGAUCAUGUAUCGUGGACAGCAAUCAUAACCGGGUUUUCACAGAAUAAUCGCGGGGUUGAUGCAGUUAUGUUGUUCAAAGAUAUGUUGAGCUCACAAGUGAAGCCCAAUUGCUUUACUUACGUUAGUGUUGUAAGUGCUUGUACUAGCCUGGAAUUCGCUAUUGAACUUACUACAACUCUUCACGCUCAUACUGUUAAACUAGGUUGGGGUAGCAAUUCUUUCUUGGUAAGUUCUCUAAUUGACUGUUACUCGAAACUUGGAAGAAUAGAACUAGCUGUAAUUCUCUUUAGCGAAACAUCUGAACACAACAAUGUGAUUUUGAUGAACUCUAUGAUAUCAGGAUACACACAGAAUCGCCUAGGAGAAGAAGCUCUGAAAUUGUUUUUGAAGAUGCGGAGUGAAAAUAUAAACCCAACGGAUCAUACUUUAACAAGCAUUCUAGAUGCUUGCGGAAACUUAGCAAUCCUCCAGGAAGGAAGACAAUUGCAUUCUUUAGUUUACAAAUUUGGUUCUAUCUGCAAUGUGUUUGUCGCAAGUGCUUUGGUAGAUAUGUACUCAAAGUGUGGCUGCAUGGAUGAAUCUCGUUCUGCAUUUGACCAAACAAUAGAGAAAAAUAGAAUCUUAUGGACUGCUAUGAUAUCCGGUUAUGCUCAGAACGGGAGAGGACACGAGAGUUUAGAGCUCUUCGAUCGCAUGAUAGAUCAAGGUUUCAUUCCGGAUCAUUUGUGUUUCACUUCUGUACUGAUUGCAUGCAACCAUGCCGGGCUUCUCGAAAGAGGACUUACAUAUUUCGAUCAAAUGAAAUCUGUUUAUAAUCUGAUCCCUCGUUUAGAUCAAUACGGUUGCCUGAUUGACCUCUAUGCUAGAAAGGGUCAUCUUAUGAAGGCGAAGGAGAUAAUGGAGGAAAUGCCGUUUGAACCAAACUCUGUUAUGUGGAGUUCUUUCUUGAGAUCUUGUAAAGUAUACAAUGAGAUUGAACUUGCAUCAGUGGCUGCAAACGAGCUCUCGAAGAUGGAGCCGAGUUCUGCUGUUCCGUAUAUUACACUCGCAAGCAUAUUUGCAGGGGCUGGGCUAUGGAAUGAAGUGGGUAAGAUAAGGGAAUCAAUGAAACAUGACAAAAUAAGGAAAGGCAUUACUGGAUGGAGUUGGAUACAGAUAGACAAGGAAGUAAGAUGUUUUUCUGUUCUUGAUAAAUCUUGCUUGCAAUCACAAGAUAUCUGCAUAGAGCUCGAAAAGCUUAACGUUGGUUUAAGAGAAACUGGAUAUGUUCAUUAAUUAUGAUGAACAUAUCAUAAUUGAAAAAUAGGGAACAAUCAUACACUUUGCUAUCAUUUGAUUAAUCGGUUUUGACCAGGUUUGCCUUACAAGGAUAACAACGUGACAUGCAAAUUUUAUCGGCUCGAUAAAUCAAUUUCUUUCGGAUUGUCUAGAUCUGUUUGUGGCUGGCUGGUCCAUGUGCACAAGCCACAUUGGUGGUACCACUUAUUUUUUUUCUUCUUAUCCUACUACUACUACACAUUAUCAGCAAUUUAUAUGGAUGGGAUGCAAAUUGAUUGGGCUUCACUUCACUUGGUGGAGUGUUAUUUGUAUUGUUGUAAUAGAGGUAUAAUAAAAGUCAUAUCAUUUUAUUUAUUUAAUUAUUUA